AUGUCGUCGGAACUGGUCGCAGUAACAGCAACACAACGAUACAACGUCGACGAGCCGAGGUGGGAUCAGAGUAAAUUUUUGGGACGUCUGCGUUAUUUUAUUGCCAUCACUGAUCCACUGAAAGCAUUUGCUAGUCGCCAGACACUUCAGGAUAGCAAGCGACUUCUCGAACUGUACAGGCAAGGGCGCGAACCGGCCGGGACUGGCCUGGCGGAUUUGCAGCGUGCCCAGGCAUUCUAUGGCUCGGCUUUCCAUCCAGACACCGGUCAGCUGCAGACGCUGCCCGGUCGCAUGUGCGCAAAUGCAUGGGGUGGAACAAUGCUGUGCGGUGCAAUGAUGCUCUGGUACCGAAGCACCGGUGCGGCAGUGUUCUGGCAAUGGGCCAAUCAGUCAUUCAAUGCACUGGUCAACUACACAAAUCGGAAUGCACUCGACCCGCUUUCGAAAAAGUAA